AUGAUAGAGCUCCCGAGCCAGAUCAAAAGGAGAGAGGAGCUCAGUCAGGACGCCCCACCCCUGGAGAGGUACCUGGCGGCGGCCAAGGAGAAGCUGCAGGCGGUGUAUGAUCGCAUCUACUAUGGCGAUGUCAUCCCACCUGUGGGCGCCUACCGCAUCUCCUACGCCAGGAUGCUCGAGCUACUGUCCAAGAAGAGGGUUAAGCGCAUCAUCAUGAUGGCAGACGGGCGUCUCGCGCUCAUCGAAGCCUCGGUUGAGAAUGCCUGUUCUGACUACCACACCAUCACCUAUGAUCGCAACGAUAUCCGGAUAAUGUAUGCUGCAGAGUUGCCGGAGUGGAAGCAGGAGAAGAAUCGUUUCUACUGUGAGGUUCCCGGGGACAUUUGGGAGGAGGGGGUCUUCAUGCGGCUCAUAAAGCAGAAUCAGGAGGAGAGGAUAUGGAAGGAUGGCAAAAUGUACAUCCCAAACAGCAGCAUUCUGCGGAUGAACGAAGUGCGGCCGGAGCUCCAGAUUGUGGACCCCUCCCAAGCGAACGUGUUCCUGAGCCUGUACAUGGGCCAGUUCCUGCCCAUCGCCGGUCUCCUGGCGCUGAGGGCCCUGGUGGGGGCAGGCAGCCGUUUCUUCACCAGCAAGAAACCUGUGAAGAAGACGGACAAGGAGGAGCAGGCCGAAAAGUAUGGCGCGCACCGAGCUCGCGAGUACAACGUCCCCACCACCGACGGCAAGGGAAAUCCGGUGAAGGUCAGGGAGACGGGGGUGCGAUACAGCGACGUGGCGGGCAUUGACAACAUCAAGACGGAGAUCCAGGAGGUCAUCGACAUCCUGCUUGGAAAGGAGGAGUACAUUGCCAUGGGCGCCAAGCCCUUCCGGGGCAUCAUGAUGGAGGGCCCACCCGGCACGGGGAAGACGCUGCUCGCCAAGGCGAUGGCCGGGGAGGGCGGGAUGCCCUUCUUCUCGGUCAAAGGCGCAGAGUUCGUGGAAAUGUUCCAGGGCGUGGCCGCGGCCCGCGUCCGCUCGCUCUUCCGCGCCGCGCGGAAGUGCGCCCCCUCCAUCAUCUUCAUAGACGAGAUCGACGCGAUCGGCAAGGCGCGCGAUGCGUCCUCGGACUCGGGCACCCAGGAGCGCGAGCAAGGCCUGCUCCAGCUGCUGGCGGAGAUGGACGGCGCGGUGCAGGCGGACCAGGUGCUGGUCAUCGGCGCGACCAACCGCAUCGAUCAGCUGGACCUGGCGCUGAUGCGGCCGGGGCGCUUCGACCGCAAGGUGUUCAUGGGCCUGCCCUCCCGACCCAACCGGCUGAAGAUCCUCAAGGUAAAUGCGGUGCACGCGGAGGGCAAGCCCGUAGACCGCAGCAACGACGACGCGGCGCUGCGGGCCAUUGCCGACAUGACCAUCGGGUACAGUGGCGCUGAGCUGGCCAACCUGCUGAACGAGGCGGCCAUCCUGAGCGUGCGCGCCGCCUCCCCCGUCAUCACGCUGGACACCAUCCUGGAGGGCAAGGAGAAGGUGGAGCUGGGCCUGCCGCGCGCCUCCCUGCCCGAUACCCCUGCCAAGCGGCGGCUGGCGGUGACGCAGGCCGCGCGCGCGGUGGCCCUGGCGCUGACCCCCGGUGUGCCCCAGAUGGUGGAGGUGUCCAUGGCGCCGCGCGGGCAGAGCACGCUGCGCAUCGCCUUCGAGGCUCAGGACAUCGGCCGCGACGGCGGGACCUUCCUGGGCCUGACCGCGCGCGGGCGGCGCACCAACGCCGUGGUGAUCGAGGAGGAGAUGUCCGCUUUUGACGUUGCGUGCGGUCUGCUGGUGCCCCUCUACGCCGCCAGGGUGGCGGAGGAGGAGAUCUUUGGGCCCGACGGCGCCUCGCUUUCCACGGGGCGUGAGCUGGGCCUGGCCAGCGAGCUGGCGCGGUGGCUGGUGGUGGACUCCACGCUGCACCCCGACUACCGCAACACCGUCCUGCGCAGCAACAUGACCCUGGGCGGCUACCCCGACCCCACCACCGAGUGGAUGGACGAGCUGCACGACGACGCCAUCCUGGCGCUGCAGGAGGCGGCGCACGAGCGCGCCGUGCUGCUGGUGCGCCAGCGCCGGCCCGUGAUCGAGGCGGUGGCGCGCGAGCUCUGCGACGCGGCCGACGAGACCGUGCCCGCGGCGCGCAUCCUGGACCUGCUGACCGCCACGCCGCUGGCCGUGCCGCAGCGCGUCACGGCCCGCCAGGAGGAGCACCGCGCCGUCGCGGCCCGUGUGCUGGGCGAGCGCCAGCUGGCGGACGACGUCGUGCGCGGGCUGGCGGAGGUGGUCAUGGGCCGGGCCGAGGGCUGGGACUUUUUGCAGCCGCGGGUGGUGUGGGAGAAGGCGGCCGCGGCCUGCGAGGCGCUGGCGGAUGCGGAGACGCGCGCGCGCCUGGCCGCCAUGCGCGAGUUCGUGGUCAGUGGCGGCGCCGCGCCGCUGCCCCCGCCGCCCUCCUCCCCGCUGCUGGUGCCGGCAGGGCAUGGGGUGGGGCCCCAGGUGCCCGAGGACAUCUUCGUGCGCUGA